UUUUAAAUAAUUAAACAACUAUGAGUGAUUCAGAUGAUGAUAUUUUUAAAAAGAAGAAACCUAGUAAAAAGAAAAUUGAAUAACAAUCAAAGUAACAAUAAUAAUAAUAAUUACAAUAAUAACAAAAAUAACUUAAACCAGAACUAAACUAACCAGAUUAAUAAUUAAAACAUCCUAAAUCAGUUAUCUAUUGUAAAAUAUGUACAUUACCUGUUGAAUUUUGUUCAUUUUCUAAAGCUCCUCAAGAAUGCAAAGAAUGGUUAAAAACUUCAUAUAAAGAUCUUUAUGCAAUUUUAUAUCCUGAAGAUCUCAAAUUAGAAUAAGAAAAAUAGGGAGCUCUUUAAUAAUAAUAAUAAAUUGUUUAAUAAUAAAUUUUAGAGUAACCUCCAGAAAAAAAAAAGAAAAAGAAAGUCAAAGUGACAGAAAGUGAAAUGGUAUAUAUUAAAGUUAAAGAAAGAAACAGAAAUAAAUUUAUAACAACCUUAUCAGGAUUAGAAAAACAUGGUAAUUAUAAUCAUCUUAUCAUAGGUCUUGAUAUUAAGGAAGCCUAAAAGAAAAUUAGUAAGAAAUUUGGAUGUGGUUCUUCAAUCAAUGAAAAAGGAGCUAUUGAAUUACAAGGAGACUUAAGUGUAGAAUUAGAAGAAUGGAUUCCAAAAGAAUAUCCCUCUAUUAAAGAAGACAUGAUUGCAAUUCAAGAAAAAUGAGAUUUAAAUCAGAAAUAUCUAUAUAUUUUAAAUAU